ACGCAUAUUUCACGGCAACAACAAUACAACAAAACCCCUCUUCAUCACGGAGCCAGUUAUUUUGGCGGCAAAAAAACCUUGGAUAUAUCCACGCUCCUCUCACUCACGGGUUCUGCUCUUGGCUGCAAACUCGGCAUUUUGCUCGUGCUGAAAUUCCCCAUAAUUUGCGCAUUCUUCGCUAAUAGAACAGUUUGCGGGCUCGAGAAUCACAUGUAAUUAGGGUUUUGCCGCCACCCUCGACGAUUGUAUUGCGGCCAUGGAAGUCAGAACCCAGAAGUCGCCGGUCAUCAGGCCCAUAAAAAAAUGCGUCGUCCACCGAAUCUGCGCCGGACAAGUGAUAUUAGACCUCUCCUCCGCCGUAAAGGAGCUCGUUGAGAACAGCCUCGAUGCCGGCGCCACCAGCGUCGAGAUUGCGCUGAAAGAGUACGGCCUCGACUCCAUACAAGUCAUCGACAACGGCGCUGGAAUUACCUCGCAGAAUUUCAAAUCCCUGGCACUAAAGCACCAUACAUCCAAGCUCUUGGAUUUUCCAGACCUCCAAUCAUUAACGACCUUCGGGUUUAGAGGAGAGGCAUUGAGUUCACUUUGUACAUUAGGGGAGUUGACUGUGGAGACACGGACAAUCGAUGAUGUUGUUGCAACACACCUGACAUUUGAUCACAUGGGUGUUCUGAUAGCUGAGAGGAAAAGUGCUCGUCAAGUAGGUACGACGGUUACUGUCAAGAAGUUGUUCUCCAAUCUUCCUGUGAGGAGCAAAGAAUUCCAUAGAAAUAUUCGGAAGGAAUAUGGCAAAUUAAUCAGCUUGUUAAACGCCUAUGCUGUAAUUGCUAAAGGAGUUAGAAUUGUUUGCACCAAUACCACGGGGAGAAAUGCAAGGUCUGUAGUGCUGAAGACACAGGGUAAUGGGUCCCUAAAGGAGAAUAUCAUUAUGGUGUUUGGCACAAGUAUUUUUUCUUGUUUACAGGCCCUCACACUUAACAUGUCUGAUAGUUGCAUGGUUGAAGGGUUUGUUUCCAGACCUGGAUAUGGAAGUGGCCGGAAUAUAGGGGAUCGGCAGUUCUUCUUUGUUAAUGGUCGUCCAGUUGAUAUGCCCAAAGUUGGCAAGCUUGUUAAUGAGUUAUAUAGAGGUGCUAAUUCUAGACAAUAUCCUAUUGUCAUUAUGAACUUUUCUGUCCCAACAGUAGCAUACGAUGUAAAUGUUACUCCCGAUAAAAGGAAAAUAUUUUUCUCUGAUGAAACUUCCAUAUUGAAAUCCUUAAGAGAUGCUCUGGAGAAGGUAUAUUCUUCCAAUGAGGCAAGUUAUUCAGUUAACAGAGUGGACGAACUUAAUGAGAGUGAGCAUGGAAUUAAUGUUCAGUUUAUGCAUGAGGGAUCACAAACACCUUCUAAGCAAUUAUUGCCUGACAGCGGUAUGACUCCUGAGGAAAGAGAAGAUAAAUUAUACCCGAAAAGUGACGGUAUCCCACCAACAGUUACGGAUAAUCUGAGAGAAUUUUCCAGCGAGAAAAUGAAACUGACUAGUGGAGGGCUACCGCCCAGAGUACACAGUAAUCAGAAGAUCAACUUAUCUGAAACACCUGGUUUGCAAAUUACUGACAGAAUAGACAAACAUACUUAUCUGCCGUCUACAUUGACCAAGAAAGGUAGUUCUGGCAGUGAAAAGUUACUUGGGCGCUCAAGUACUGUACAGAUAUCACUCAACAAAUUUGUAACUGUAAGUAAGAGGAAACAUGAAAGUGUUGAAACUGCACUAUCUGAAGUCCCACUUCUUAGAAGUGAACCUGGUGCAGCUAGACUUAGAUUGAGCAGCUCUUCGAAGCGCACUCCAUCUCCAAGCUCUCCAGGGAAUUUCAUUGAUACUGAUGACUCCAAUAAUAUUGAUGAGACUAAGAUGAUCAAAAUUUCAAGUACCAAUAGCGUCUUUUAUGAAUCAGAUGACAGCAUUCUACAACCUUGUGGGGGCAGAAACCGAAGUGUAGUCAGGAAUGAUGGUGAUACAAGUGUUUUGUUAGCUUGUGCUGAGAAGAAGCAAAAUAAAGCUAGUGAGGAGCAGAAAGUUCAAGUUAGAGAUCUGGAUGAUAAUUCUGUACUAGCUGCUUCAGUUAGUGCAAAUUCUCAACGUAUACCUCAUGACCUUCUAGAUGCAUGCACUCCAUUACAAUCUUCUGGUCCACCAACAGAUGCUCCAGUGGUUUGUUCUGGCUCAAAGGUCGGUUUCACAUUGCAGUUUAGCUUGGAAGAUUUGAUGUCAAGGAGGAAGAAGAGGCUGUCAAGACUCAAAUAUAUCAGCCAUACAUCAGGAAGUAUAAAGUUACAAGGGUAUAUAGGAAGUUCAUGCAUGGGUUUCGAUGCAGCUACACUGGAGCUCGCAGAAGGAGUAAAUGAGGAAGGAAAGGCCAAAGCCUUAGCUGCUGCUACCAGUGAGCUGGAAAGACUAUUUAAGAAAGAAGACUUUAAACAAAUGAAGGUGAUUGGACAGUUUAACCGUGGGUUUAUUAUUGGAAAAACAGCUCAGGACCUUUUCAUUGUGGAUCAGCAUGCUGCAGAUGAAAAAUACAACUAUGAGCGUCUGUCUCAAACAACCAUUUUGAAUCAACAACCUUUACUCCGGCCCUUGAGAAUGGAGUUAGCUCCUGAAGAAGAAAUAGUCAUCUCCAUGUACAUGGAUAUCUUCAGGAAAAAUGGCUUUUUACUGGAGGAGGAUGAUCAGGCUCCUUGUGGACAUCGUUUCGUACUGAAAGCGGUUCCUUUCAGCAAAAAUAUAACUUUUGGGGUUGCAGAUAUCAGGGAUCUUAUUUCUAUCCUCUCUGAUAGUCAUGGAGAAUGCUCCAUGAUUGGCAGUUACCGAUUAGACAGUGCUGAUUCAGUGUGCCCACCCAGAGUGCGUGCAAUGCUAGCUUCACGUGCUUGCAGGUCAUCUGUUAUGAUCGGAGAUUCAUUGGGAAGGACCGAGAUGCAGAAGAUCCUAGUACAUCUGGCGUCCCUCAAAUCUCCUUGGAAUUGUCCACACGGCAGACCAACAAUGCGUCACUUGGUCGACCUAAGAAGUGUACGGAGAAGAACAGAUGAUGAAGAGAUGGAGUUGUGAUGGGCGCUGCUGUCUAAGCACGGAGAAGAAAUGGAGCACCAUUGAGUUUGAGUCGUUUUGGAGGGAUGAUGAAGACAAGAGAAAUACUAAACAACUUUAUCAUGCUUUUGAUGCCUAAUUUGGCUCAUUAUCUCUUGACACGUCAUUAUCUCUUGACACGUCAUUGUCAUGUCAGUCAAAAUUAGUGCCAUUUUAAUUAAAAACAUACACGUCAUAUAGAAAA